AUGAAGCUUACCUCUGCAUUUAUCUUGGCUGCUGUCUUCGCCUUGAAGGCCACUAGCUCAUUUGCCGCGCCUUGGGAGGGUCAUAACGACGUCGGACAUGUCCACCCUCGCGACCUCGAAGGCGAUCUCCCCGACAUGGACGCCAGAGACUUCUAUGACGAGCUGGAGGAGCGUGACUUUGACGAUGCUGAGAUCGACGCCCGGGUCGAUCUCGACGACUUCGAAGAGGUGGCAGGUCGUGCCAUCCCUCCUUGGGCUCGAGUUGACAAAAGUGCCAUUGCUAAAUAUGGUGGCAAAUUUGUCAACCCCUCUGCAUUUGAACCACCAAGAGGGACAGGUUACGGUGGACGCGGAGGGAGAACGUCGAAACAACAGCAGCUGCUGGAGUCGGCGGUGAAGUACCCAGGCGGAAGGGCAACUGGAUUCCGCCGCCCAGGGCCUAACUACGUCAAACAGAUUGAAAAAGCUCCAACUCCUGGAUCGGUACCAAAGGUGAUUCCAGGAAAAGCGAAACCUGCCCUGCGCAAGCCAACAGCAGCCAGAUUUGCCUCUAAGACGCUCAGUCGCACCAUGCUGGGUGCCGGUCGCCGUGGCAGACGGGUGUAA